AUGAUCAUGUUACAAGUUCCUAAUGCUACUUGUGAGUUUGGUUUGAGGCCGUAUAUCUCGCCCGAAGUAAAUGCGUUAAAUCCAUGCUUUAUCUCCUGGGUUUGCGUCAUAUUUGUGGCUCACUUCAUCGCCAUCGGAGGCUUCCAGUAUGUAUCGUUACGAAACAAGGAGACAGGACCGGCUACUUUUGAAACAAAACGGUUCUGGACUUUUAGAAAUAUGAGCAUUUUCCAUGUUAUACAUAUGAUCAAUGUUCUUUUCCAAUGUGUACUAUUGUUAAUCCAAUUGAGUUGGGUUAAAGAUGAACCGACAUGGACUAAGUGGAGCAUUUCAUUGAAUUUGUUCUAUGUUGCUAUUGUUUAUUUGAACUCUACAUGGUUAGCCUAUUAUAAGAGUUCUUGCGCUCAGGGCCAUGGAUUAUUUUAUUUUAUCAUCUACAGUUUCGUCGUUGCCUUUGAAAUUGGCCAAAGAUACUUCCAUGCUGGUACAGAAAGGUACAAUGUUAUCAAAAAUGGUGCCUCUGCCAUGAUAGUAGAUAUUUUGUUAUGGUUCAAUUCUAUGUCUAUCUUUUGCUAUGAUACCUUCCUUUUCAAGUGCUCCCCACAAUUGACAAAUUAUUUCGCAGUAAACAAUAUUUAUCCUCCAGUUAACGUUCUAGCUGGGAUCUCAUUCACCUGGAUGAAUAAAUUGAUCAUGGACACUUAUCAUGCUAAUAAGAUUGAGGAUCCUUCUAAUAUGCCAUUGCCACCUUUUGACUUAGACAUCGCUGAGGCCACUACUGCCGUCGAAGCUAAUUGGGAAUACGAACUUUGGACUGAUAGGAAAUCGCUAUUGUUAGCGUUACUAAAGACAUUUGGCCCUACAAUCGCAAUUGCCAUGUCAUAUGAGGUUUCCAGGAGUUUAUUAUCUGUCAUCCAACCUCAAUUGUUCAGAAAAUUCAUCGAAGUUUUCAAUCCUGAUUCUCGUGACCUUCCUAUCUUGAAUGGAUUCUUUGUUGCCAUUGGUUUAUUCCUGUUGAGCAUUCUUUCUACCAUCAUUUCCAACCAAUUCUUCAUCAACAUCUUUGAAGCGGGUUUGAAAAUUCGUGGUAGUUUAAUGUCUUUGGUUUAUCAGAAAUCCUUGCGUUUAUCUGCAGAGGCUCGUGAGGAUAAGGCAAACGGUGAUGUAUUAAAUUUAAUGUCUGUUGAUGUUAUCAGAAUUCAAAGAUUUUUUGAAAACGCUCAGAUCUUAGUUGGUUCGCCAAUUCAAUUGAUCGGUGUUUUAAUUUCACUUUACGUUUUAUUGGGGAAUGCCACAAUUGGCGGUCUUGUUUCCAUUGUUAUCAUGGUUCCUAUCAACAGUUACAUGACUAGACUUUAUAAAAAGUUGUUCAAGACCCAGAUGCAAUAUAAGGAUAAGAGAAUUAAAACAGUAACGGAAAUUUUGAACAGUAUGAAGUCCAUCAAAUUGUACGCUUGGGAAAAACCAAUGUUAGAUCGUUUGAAUCACGUUCGUAACGAUUUAGAAUUGCACAAUAUGAAGAAAAUCGCCAUUGUCAGUAACUUUAUGUUCUUCUGCUGGAACAUUGUUCCGUUAUUGGUCACUUGUUCCACUUUUGUUUUGUUCUCAUAUUUAACUGACCAAGUGCUUUCUCCCCAAAUUAUUUUCCCUUCAUUGACCUUGUUUAGUAUGUUAAACGACGCUCUGUUCACUGUUCCAACCAUGAUCAGUAAUAUUAUCGAAAUUGGUGUGUCAUUAAAAAGAUUGAAGGGGUAUCUCUUGGCAGAAGAAUUGGAUACUUCGUUCAUCGAACAUGCCAGGGCUACUGCGUCUGAUCCAACGGUCGAAAUCAGCAAUGCAGUUUUCUUAUGGAAAUCUCCAAAAAGUGCAGCCAGUUCUGAGGAUACUGAUGAGGAAGCUGAAAUUAGUUCUCCUGGUGUCGCGUUGAAAAGUAUCGAGAAUUUUUCGGCUAAGAAGGCACAGUUAACUUGUAUUGUUGGUAGAGUUGGUUCGGGUAAAAGUACCUUUUUGCAGGCCAUUCUAGGUCAAUUGCCAUGUGUGUCCAGCGAUUCUGCUUCUGGAGUUAAGCCAAAGGUCGUGAUAAGAGCAGACAACCUUGCUUAUUGUCCACAGCAGCCAUGGAUUAUGAAUGCCAGUUUGAAAGAUAACAUCCUAUUCGGUUACAAAUACGACGAAGCUAUGUAUAAAAAGACCAUCAAGGCUUGCCAGUUACUACCAGAUUUGGAAAUUUUACCCGAUGGAGAUCAGACUUUAGUUGGUGAAAAAGGUAUUUCUCUAUCUGGUGGACAAAAGGCUAGAUUAUCAUUAGCAAGGGCAGUUUAUUCCAGAGCAGACCUUUAUUUAUUAGAUGACGUUUUGAGUGCUGUAGAUUCUCAUGUAUGCAAAAGCAUUAUUGAUGAUGUGUUAGACCGCCAGAAAGGUUUGUUGAAGAACAAAACCGUAAUUUUGACUACCAAUGCAGUUAACGUAUUGGUUCACUCCGAUAUGAUUUACUUAUUGAAAAACGGUAAGAUUGUAGAAAGCAAUAGUUACGAGGAAGUGAUGUCAAAGGAUAGAAAUAACGGUGAAAAAUCAUCGUUAAGGGAAAUCAUUGAGGAAUUCGCUUCAAAUGAGAGCGAAGAAACUGCUGAAAAGAAGUCAGAGAGCUCUACGAUUGACGAUAAAAACGUUGGAUCAUCAUCAGAAGACGAUGGUGAUUUGGAAGGUGCUCCUCAACCUCCUGAACACUUGUUGAACUAUGAAGCUGCCAAAAAUCCGGAUAACAAUACUAUCACAGCGUAUGAAGAAGAUCAGGAAAAUGCUGAUUUAGCCAGGGUUGCUUCGAGACGGGCUUCUAUUGCUACAUUAAAGCCAAGGCCCUUGAUCGAUAUGAAUAAAGACGAAAGAAAAACUGCUCAAAAGGCAGAAACAAAAGAGGAAGGUAGAGUGAAGUCUUCCGUCUACCUAUCAUAUAUUAAAGCGUGCGGUAUUCUCGGAGUGGCAUUAUUCUUUGUUCUAAUGAUAUCGAUGAAAUUGUUAGACUUAGCAAAGAAUUUUUGGUUGAAGCAUUGGUCUGAAGACAACUUGACACAUGGCGCCAAUAAAGAUAUCUGGAAAUAUGUUGCUGUGUAUGCCUUGAUUGGUGUCACAUCUUCUGCAUUUGAGCUUGCGAGAACCAUCAUCAUGAUGUUAUUCUGCUCUAUAAGAGCAUCCAAAUUAUUCCACAAUCAAAUGGCUCAUUCUGUUGUCAUGGCUCCAAUGUCUUUCUUUGAAACUACUCCUGUCGGUCGUAUCGUUAAUAGGUUUUCUUCGGAUGUAAAUUCUAUUGACGAAGACUUCCAGCACAUUAUUUCAUUCUUUUUCCGCUCAAUGCUUGACUACUUGAUUACGAUUGUUAUUAUCACUGUCAGUAUGCCAUGGUUUUUGUUGUUCAACACCAUUUUGUUGGGUAUUUACUAUUACUAUCAAACGCUUUACGUUGUAUUGUCUAGAGAAUUGAAGAGAUUAACUAGUAUUUCAUAUUCUCCAGUUAUGUCAUUGCUUAGUGAAACCCUGGGUGGUCAUGUUGUUAUUAAUGCUUACAAACACGCCAAUAUAUUCAAUUAUUACAACUUUGAAAACAUUCAAACUAACAUCAAUUUCAUUUUCAAUUUCAGAUCAACUAACAGAUGGUUAUCUAUGCGUUUGCAAACGAUCGGUGCAGUGAUUGUACUAAUUACGUCGCUAAUGGCGCUAGCUUCACUUGGAACUUCUAAUCCAAUUAGCGCUGGUUUGAUAGGUUUGUUAAUGAGUUAUGCUCUUCAAGUUUCCUCCUCUUUGAUGUGGAUCAUCAGAAUGGCAGUGAACAUUGAAACCACCAUUGUUAGUGUGGAAAGAAUAAUUGAAUAUCGUGACCUUAAGCCUGAAGGUAUACGGGUCAUCGAAGAUAGCAGGCCACCAAAAAAUUGGCCCAAGAGAGGUGAAAUUACAUUCGAACAUUAUACUACUAAAUACAGAGAAAACUUGGAUCCAGUUCUCAAAGAUAUCGACUUGAGGAUUAAGCAUCAAGAAAAAAUUGGUGUUGUCGGUAGGACCGGUGCUGGUAAGAGUACAUUGACUCUAGCCUUAUUCAGAAUUUUAGAACCUUUUGAAGGCAAAAUCACAAUCGAUGGAAUCGAUAUCUCCACCCUCGGUCUUUAUGACUUGAGAAGAAGCUUGUCAAUCAUUCCCCAGGAUGCUCAGGCAUUCGAAGGUACUGUCAGAAGUAACCUAGAUCCUUUCAAUCGUCAUACAGAUGCUGAAAUCUGGAAGGCAUUGGAACUGUCUCAUUUGAAACCCCAUAUCGAAAGAAUUGUCAGUGAACUUCCAGACGAUGAGAAUAAGCCCACAGAUCUGCUAGACACACAGAUCUCAGAUAACGGUAACAACUUGUCUAUGGGUCAAAGACAGCUACUAUGUCUCUCUCGAGCUCUACUAAAUCCUUCUAAAAUUUUGAUUUUGGAUGAAGCUACGGCUGCUGUGGAUAGGGAAACUGAUAAAAUCAUCCAGGAAACUAUCAGAACUGCGUUCAAAGAUCGUACUAUUUUGACAAUCGCACAUCGUAUUGAUACAGUUUUGGAUAGUGAUAAGAUCAUGGUAUUAGAUAAAGGUGAAGUGAAGGAAUUCGACACGCCAGACAAUCUAUUAAAAAACAAAGAAUCACUAUUUUACGGUUUAUGUGAAAAGGGUGGUUAUUUGAAAGAAGAGUAA